AUGGAGAAAUCUAAAAACUUCAGGAUCGACGCCCUGCUCGCCGAUGAGACAAACCGGGGGACCAGCCGCGACCUGUCCCCGGGUCUGAGCAGCGACAGCCCCGCCGGCAGCCCGGUCUCCUGCCGCCGCGGCGACACCCCGUCCCCGCGGGCAUCGCACCUUCAGACCGGAAUAAUCCCCAAACCGGGCAUCCUCAACCUCCCGCACCCAGGACUCGCUUCCCUGCCCCACGGGGCGAUUCACGGCAUGUACCCAGCACCCAUGUACCCGUUAUCGGCGCUGGGUGGCCAGCACCCCGCGUUCGCUUACACCGGUUUCACACAUCUGACCCACAGCUACCCGGACCACCUGAAGGCGGCUGCCAUGGCGGGAUCCCUGCCCCUGGAGCACUGGAUCCGCGCCGGGAUCAUGAUGCCACGACUUCCAGAUUACACACUAAUGUUUCCUUCUCCUCCUGCAGCGGGCCCUCAGUCCGGUCUGUUGGGGAAGUGCCGGAGGCCCCGCACCGCCUUCACCAGUCAGCAGCUCCUGGAGCUGGAGAACCAGUUCAAACUCAACAAGUACCUGUCCAGACCCAAACGCUUUGAAGUGGCCACCUCCCUCAUGCUGACCGAGACACAGGUCAAGAUCUGGUUCCAGAAUCGCAGGAUGAAGUGGAAGCGCAGCAGGAAGGCGAAGGAGCAGGCCACCGCGUCGGCCCAGUCUGACACCGAGCGACUACGCAGCGGAGGAAAAACAGCCAAAGACAAAACCGACGAGAGCAGGCGAGCUGUGAAUCCUGAUGACGGGGGCAUAGAGCUUGACAUGGAGGAUGGAGAGGAGGAGGAAGAGGAUGAGGACGAGGAGGAGGAGGAAGAGGAGGUGGAAGGCCAGCACGCUUUUCCUGUUGCUAUGGGCAACGGCAUUGGGAUGCCACGAUCCACAGACUUCGGCUACAAUCCCCACAGCCCUUUCUCUGAUGAGGAGCUGGAGGGGGUGCAGGGAGGAGGAGGAGGUGACAGAAAGAUUGGAGCAGGACUGUGAAACCAGAAAACACUGGUUUGGUCUCCUGAGCGUUACAGAGACGUUACACUGGGAUUCUAGAGGAGACACAUUUCCAGGCCUGAAGACCUUUGUCUCGUCUGCUCUGUGAAUGUUGACGUGUUUCCAAUCAGGACGUUUGCUGGAACCACUGAUUGUUCACACAGCUGCCCGACACACACAGGACUCUGAUACAAGUACACUGUGUAAACUGUGAAUAAAACCACCUCUAAAUCCUGUACAUUUCAUAGCAUGCUGAAGAAAAAAAAAAGAAGGUGCUUAUUAUCCUCCCUACAUUUGAGCUGUUUUCAUGAGUGUCUGCCAAACACCUUCUGGUCACCUUGUCUUCUCUCCGUCCACUGACAGCCGGACCUCCGCCCAGUGAACACACAAUGGCUGUGCGAGUGAAAGAUGUGAAGUGCAACAAGCGAACUGUUCAAACAAGCUGCAGUGUUGUGCCUGAGGAGACGAUGUGAGCUAUAGACACAUCCGCUGCUCCAGAUGUUUUUAAACCAUUUGCAGAACAUCCCACGUGCUAUAUUUACUUAUGUGCAUUUUAUGUGAAUAUUGAUGUUUUUCUUCUUGAUGACGUUUAUGAAUUUGUUCUCGUCACUUACAUGUAAAUGAAUUUAAUUUAUUUGAGAUGAAUCCUAUAUGUGUAUUUAUCGGAAACUUGUUUGUGGUGUAGCUGUGAAGUAAAAAAAAAAG